CGAGCAGCGACUGCUCUUCCCUGCUGGUCCAUCCUCCCUCCGCCUCGGGACCCCACAGAGUGAAGCGGCCGCCGUCCACUUGCUGAUAGCCGUGCCAUCUGCGGUGAUUCCCGAUCUCCGCUCCGGCCGAGAAGCACUCGGGGCACAGCUCGAUGUCGGGACAGUCGGUGCAGCGCAGCCGCAGGUUCGUCACGUCCGCCAGGCAGUUCACGCAGUACUUCUUACACAGGUCCGCCAUCUUGGCGCUGGCUUGUUGCUCGCUCUCCCGCGCGCGCGCGCUGCCUCUCUCUCUCUCUCCCUGUGCGUGUGCGCGCUUUCGGAAGCCGCGCGGACGUUUGUGUCUGGCGCAUGCGCAUCACGGCGACGUCGUGCACUCGCCUCGCCAGGGUCUCAUGAAUAUUCAUACCGGUGGCGAGCGAACGCGCUGAUUGGUUGUAUCCAAGACGACCAGGAAGUACACAAACGGAUCUGGUGUGAAUUUUAUUCUCAACUCUGUUCAUUCCUGUUUCACACAUUCUGGACUUCAGAACCACGCAGGUCCUGAAAUAUGCCCACUUUUCACAUGCCUAUAUUUUAGAUUCUUCUUAUUUUAUUCGAUUUAUCUACUUUUAUCUUGAAAAAAAUCUGUUCAAGCACCAGGCAAAUUCCUUGGACUUGGCCAAUAAACUCGGUUCUGGUUCUGGUUCUGGUUCUGAUUUAACCUCAGAUUAUCCUCUGAAAAUGGAAUCGGAGCAGUCACUUGAGGAAAAGGGUCCUGAUGUGAAGUCUGAAGAUCCAAACGUGGCAGAGGCAGCAGACGUCCUAGACAGUGAAAAUCUCUCUGAACCUGAUGUCGCAGAAGUAGACAAAGAAGAGGAGCUGGUGCAAGCACCAACUGAACAGGAUGAAGAUAACAUGCAGAAUACAUCAGAAAAUCCUGAAGAAGAUGUUGAAGCUUCAGUGAUAGAUGAACUUCUUGUUUGGGACGAUGUCGAGGAGUGUUAUGACUCGGGUGUAAACGUUAUUGAAAACGAGAAUGAAGAAGAAGAAGAACCUAAAAACCAAGUGGAAGAUCACAAACUGUCUCCAGAUGUAGACGUUUUUGAAAACGAGAAUAAAGAAGAAGCUGAAAGCUAUGAGGAAGAACAGUCUACUGCUGAUCUACAACACAACCUUAAAGUGAAGUUUGAGGAUGAGCAGAAGCUUCUUCAAGAACUCCAAACAGAACAUGAAAAGCUGAGUCAGCUCAAUUACCAGCUCCAAGCAAAACUAGCUGAACAGUUCUGGUUUAAAUCAGGUGGUAAACUGGAGUCAGGGCAAGAGAAGAGUUUCUCAAGCCAAGAGUACUGCCAGAUCAUAGAGGCUGUUAAGAGGCAGAAGGAGGACGAGGAACAAAAGUUUCUCCACCAUCGCUAUGUUAAUGAGCUGCAUCGGCAGAACAAUGAGAAGCUGGAGCAAAUCAAGUGCGAGUGGAACAUGCUAGUAUCGACAAUGCGUGAGGUGGUCGUUACAGAUCUAGAGCAGGCAAUGAGCAAGACUGCGGCCCAAGGUGUGGCUGAGCAUCUGUUAACAGCUGUACAGAAAUGCUAUGUUGAGUUUGUCUCUGUCAAGAAUGAAAACCUCAAGCUGAAUCUACAGAUGGCCAGGUUGGAGGUAGGGCUGCAUGUUAGCGAAGAGGAUCAAGAUGAAGAGAUGCACCACCUUGAUAUCGAGCAGGUACAGAUUGAAAACCAGUCUUACAGUGAAAAGAUCCAGGAGUGCAGCGAUGAAUUGCUGAAGUUCAGAAGGAUGCUUCCCCACACCAGACAGAUUCUGAUGCAGGUGAAAGAGAAGUUGAGGUUUGUUCAAGAGGAGAACCAGGUGAAGCGAGUGCAUUUUGAUGAGCUGAAUGCACUGGUGCUGCGUGAGCAGGGAGCUCUGAUAAAGACAAUGCAGGAACGGGACGUCCUGCGCUUCGACAACCUGCGUAAGCGGCAGGACUGUGGCCUACUGGGAAACCACACACUACUCCGGGACUUUGAGGACACAGAGGAUGAGCGUGAGGCACUCGAGAGACAAAUUGAGAAUCUGAAGAGAGACACACAAGCCCAUACAGAUACACACGUAUCUGCAAGUGCAUGUAACACACAUGCAGAAACACAAUAACAUGAAGGCCCAUUGAGCAUGUUUAUUUUGUAGUAGAGAUUUUAAAUGUAUAUCAGACAAGUUUAAGCAGUAACAUUUGUAGAA